AUGGCGAAGGACACCCUUUUCAGCAGAGGACGCAAAAUUGCCAAUCUACAUCACAAGAACAUAGUUGCAACUUACAUGAUUCACUGCGAUUUUACAGCCAAAGUACCUCAAUCAAAUUACAACAAAAUAGCAAAUAUCUUGACUACAGGUAAAGAGUACUUGUUACUAUGUUUCAACACUCAAAAACCAAAGAUGGCCAACUGCAGCAGAUUCUCAGCCCCUUUAAUUUUACAAUCAGCUCGCUGA